ACCCUGUGUAGUUGUGGGAAUUGUUUCUCAUUUAUAGUGUUAAUUCACAUCAAAAACGCAAGAUGAAUUCAAACUGCAGCGUUACUUUUUUUUACAUUUCAAUCAUCAUUACUAUAAAUGCAAUUCGUUUUGCUUUAGGUUUAUACGAACCAGUUAUCUAUUUGGACGCACCCAAGUUUCACCAUUUCGGAUACCUAAAGGUAGAGGUAGAAGAAGAUGACUCACAUACGAGUAAACACUACCUCGUGAAAACUAUAGAUAAAAAUCAAGAAAUUUUCGUGGCUUGCCCAAAUCAGGAUCCAGAUCAUCCUAAUACUUUUGCUAUACACUCGACGGAGGUUGGUAAAGCGGCUGCCACGCCAAUAUGCGAACAUUCCGUUGAAUCUCAAAUUUACUUCACGAAUAAUAUUCGGAAUUAUAGUGCAGUUGGAUUCUUGAUUUAUGCUCCGGAUAAAUCAUGGCCUGAUCAAGAUUUCGAUGUACCAGAGCAUCACCUAGUUGUCGAAUUAAUUCAGUUUAAUUUUGACAAAUAUGACGAAAAAAUUAUAUGUUUGCGGUAUUUCAUCUAUGGAGGUGAAUUUCCGCAACUAGAACUGAUUCGUCAAGAGGACGACCUCCGGAAAUACCGGAAGAACUUGGAUAUUUACAAAAACGACAUCGAUAUUUUUUACUCUCCUCGUAAUUGCCCAUUUGUCAAAGUACCGCUAGCUCCCGAAGAGGAUUUCCUCUUCGAUUACUGGAAAUCAGCUUCACGACAGAAUAUCUUCACUGCUCCGAUGUGGCGCGAUUUGCUAGCUCAAUGGCAAGCCUUGGAGAUAUUUAUACGAAAAGUUACUCAAAUUACCGAUUGGGUUGGCGUCGAAACUGGGAUUUACGAAGAACUUACAAGACUACCCGACGGUCUACGUAAUCCUUUGUUUGAAAAUAUUGAGUGGCCAGACGAUCAGUACCGUAUUCCCAGAUAUUUCUGGAAAACUGUUUCCUUGCUACAGGAACACGAGGGUCAAAAUUAUAAUUACGGAAUCCUGUUCAUCAUGCACAAUGUUCCUAAUUUAGACCCUAAUAACGAAUGGAAUAUCAAAAAAAUCUGCACUGAUUACAAUAUCGUUGAUUUAGGAUGGACGUUUUUACAAAACGAUCAUUUUAAGAGUCCUAUGUACGCUUGUCCGAUAAAUGAUGUAACUUUGAGUUAUUUGGGUGAAAUGACUGACGAAAAAUAUGAAGAUUUCAAUUUGAAUUCAUUGUCGUUGUUCAAAGUUGAUGAUAAAGGUAAAGGAUACAUCGAAGAAGUAAAGGUUAUUGAGGAAAUGGCGAAGUUGACCAAGACUAUUGACAGUACUGAUUAGGAAUUUUGAUUUUUUUUUUAAAUGAUGAUGAUUCGAUGAUUAGUAUACUAUAUUUACGUAUUAUGUAUAUUUUUUAAAUGGGUACCUAACCUUAUAUAUAUAUUUUUUAGUUUAUGUUGCAAAACCAUUUGAUGUUUGAUUGUACACUUUCGAAAUUAAAUUUAUUUGUUCAUA